UAAAUGUAGCUGCAAUAGUGUACUUGCAAUAUUAUAAAAUUUAUGUUAUUUUCUUUUUAGACACGAUCUUUGCUGGGUGUAUUUGAAGAAGAUGCUGCUGCAAUUUCCAGAUAUAUCAACCAGUUGUAUAAAGCUAUGCACCGAAUUUAUGAUGCACAGAAUGAACUCAGUGCGGCAACACAUUUGACUUCGAAGCUUCUAAAAGAAUAUGAGAAGCAGCGCUUUCCUUUGGGUGGUGAUGAUGAAGUUAUGAAUUCUACUCUUCAGCAGUUUGCCAAAGUGAUAGAUGAGCUCAGUUCUUGUCAUGCGGUACUAUCAACUCAAUUAGCAGAUGCCAUGAUGUUUCCCAUCACACAGUUCAAAGAAAGAGAUCUAAAAGAAAUUUUGACUUUAAAAGAGGUUUUUCAGAUCUCCAGCAAUGAUCAUGAUGCUGCGAUUACCAGAUAUAGUCGACUGUCAAAAAAAAGAGAAAAUGAGAAGGUCAAAUAUGAAGCUACAGAAGAUGUAUAUACUUCUCGGAAGAAACAACAUCAGACUACGAUGCAUUACUUCUGUGCAUUAAAUACACUGCAGUAUAAGAAGAAAAUUGCUAUGUUGGAACCCUUACUAGGCUAUAUGCAGGCUCAGAUAAACUUCUUUAAAAUGGGCUCAGAAAACCUUUCUGAACAGCUGGAAGAAUUUUUAACAAAUAUUGGGACAAGCGUGCAGGACGUUCGCAGGGAAAUGGAUCGUGAAGUGGAGACAAUGCAACAGACUAUAGAAGAUUUGGAAAUAGCCAGUGAUCCGCUUUAUUUACCAGAUCCUGAUACUACAAAAUUUUUGGUCCAAAGAAACCUUACUCGCAAGGCUGGUUAUCUAAAUGCAAGAAACAAAACAGGGCUGGUGUCUUCCAGUUGGGACAGACAGUUUUACUUCACACAGGGUGGAAACCUAAUGAGCCAAGGAAGAGGUGAAGUAGCUGGAGGCCUUGUAAUGGAUAUAGACAAUUGUUCGGUAAUGGCUGUGGAUUGUGAAGACAGAAGAUACUGCUUUCAAAUAACAUCUUUUGAUGGCAAAAAGUCUUCAAUUUUGCAAGCUGAGAGCAAAAAAGAUUAUGAAGAA